CGAGACCGGCGCGGCCCCCGCGCGCGCCCCGCCCGUCGUGCCCGCCGAGGUGGUGGCCGCCCCGCGCCCGCCAUGGCCUCCGACAGCGACUUCGAGGAGUUCUACGACGCGCGCGAGGACGUGCACUCGCCCGCCGCGGCCCCCGUACCGUCACCAUCAAAAGCUGGAUCCCAUGUAGUAAAGGAUGUGGACAGCAAGACACACAAAACUGGAAAUGAUACCUUUGUCCAAGAAAUGAAACAAGAUGAUUCAAAAGAGAUUAUCGACAGUAUUAUAGAAGAAAGCCAGAAGGCACAACAACUAGAUGAUGAUUCUUUAGAUCCUAGAGGAAAAGAUCUAACUGUUCCAACUUCAGAUGCAAAUGCUUGGAUUUCUGGAGCAGGUAUCAUUAAUAAUAUUCCAGAAGUAUUAGCUACUCAAAUACCAUUACAAGAAGACCCUGGAGAACUGGUAUAUCAGAGUGUGUGCAAGGACAGUGAGUUGGAGUCUGGGAAGCCUUUGUUUGCUUCUGAGAAACAGGAAACUCCUAAACUAACAGAAGUAACAAAUGCAACUGACCAUAAAAUGAAUGAAACUGAAGCACAGAAAGAAGCACCCAAAAAUGAGGACUUAACAGACAAGAAAGAGGCUAGCACUUUAGAACAAGUGGCUUCAGAUUUAUCGACCAAAGACCUUUCUACAACAGAAGAAAUCCCCCCAGCAAAGCCCCCACGGCAGCUCACUGUAGAACCAGACAUAGUUGCCAGCACAAAGAAGCCUGUCCCAGCCCGGCCACCACCUCCGACGAAUGUCCCCCCCCCGAGGCCACCCCCACCUGCCCGGCCAGCCCCACCACCACGGAAGAAGAAGAGUGAGCUGGAUUUUGAAGUGCAGAAACCUGGCUUAGAAGUUUCUCGAGAGCACUUCUCAGCUGGUGAUCUUCUAACUGCGAGUACAGUGGCAGAGGGAGUGUCCAAAGAUUCUCAGCCUUCUUUGGACCUAGCAAGUGCAACUAUUGGAGAUAAAAUAGUCACUGCACAGGAAAAUGGGAAAGCAGCUGAUGGCCAAACAGCAAAUGAAGUACUGGGACCACAAAGACCCAGGUCUAAUUCUGGAAGAGAGCUCACAGAUGAGGAAAUUCUAGCAAGUGUAAUGAUAAAAAACCUCGAUACAGGUGAAGAAAUACCCCUGAGUUUGGCAGAAGAGAAGUUGCCAACAGGCAUCAAUCCUCUGACUUUGCAUAUCAUGAGGAGAACUAAAGAAUAUGUCAGUAACGACGCAGCACAGUCUGAUGACGAAGACAAAAUGCAGACCCAGCAAACUGACUCUGAUGGAGGAAGGUUAAAACAGAAAACGACCCAGCUGAAGAAGUUCCUUGGCAAGUCUGUAAAGCGAGCAAAACAUCUUGCUGAGGAGUACGGCGAACGUGCUGUCAAUAAAGUGAAGAGCGUUCGAGAUGAAGUCUUCCAUACAGAUCAGGAUGAUCCCUCUUCCAGUGAUGAUGAAGGGAUGCCAUAUACGAGACCUGUUAAGUUCAAAGCAGCACAUGGCUUCAAGGGACCUUAUGAUUUUGAACAGAUUAAAGUUGUUCAGGAUCUCAGUGGAGAGCACAUGGGUGCUGUCUGGACAAUGAAGUUUUCACACUGUGGUCGAUUACUCGCAUCUGCAGGACAGGACAACGUAGUAAGAAUAUGGGUUUUAAAGAAUGCUUUUGACUAUUUCAACAACAUGCGGAUGAAGUACAAUACAGAAGGCCGUGUCUCCCCCUCUCCAUCUCAAGAGAGUCUGAAUUCUUCCAAGUCUGAUACUGAUGCAGGGAUUUGCAGUGGAGUUGAUGAAGACCCAGAUGAUAAAAAUGCCCCGUUUCGGCAAAGACCAUUUUGCAAAUACAAAGGACAUACAGCAGAUCUUCUUGAUCUUUCCUGGUCUAAAAAUUACUUCUUGCUUUCUUCUUCUAUGGAUAAAACUGUCAGAUUAUGGCACAUAUCAAGAAGAGAAUGUCUCUGCUGUUUCCAGCACAUAGACUUUGUCACUGCUAUAGCAUUCCAUCCAAGGGAUGACAGGUACUUCUUAAGUGGUUCAUUGGAUGGAAAGCUCCGGCUCUGGAACAUUCCCGACAAGAAGGUGGCAUUAUGGAAUGAAGUAGAUGGGCAGACAAAAUUGAUUACAGCAGCCAACUUCUGUCAGAAUGGCAAAUACGCAGUCAUAGGCACAUACGAUGGGAGAUGCAUCUUCUAUGACACUGAGCACUUGAAGUACCAUACACAAAUACACGUGCGCUCUACCAGGGGCCGAAACAGAGUUGGAAGGAAAAUUACUGGCAUUGAACCCUUGCCUGGAGAAAAUAAGAUACUAGUGACAUCAAAUGAUUCCAGGAUCAGAUUGUAUGACCUGAGAGAUCUGUCUUUGUCUAUGAAAUACAAAGGUUAUGUCAACAGCAGCAGCCAAAUCAAAGCUAGCUUUAGCCAUGACUUUACCUACAUUGUGAGUGGUUCAGAAGAUAAAUACGUUUAUAUCUGGAGUACUUACCAUGACUUGAGCAAGUUCACUUCUGUAAGGAGAGACCGUAAUGACUUCUGGGAAGGCAUUAAAGCUCACAAUGCAGUGGUCACAUCAGCCAUUUUUGCUCCCAAUCCUGGUUUGAUGGUGGCACUGGAAACUUCAGAGAAGCAAGAAGCUGAAAGUAAGGGAGAAGAUUCUGAAACGUCAGACACCAUACCCUCUGGAGCUUUGAAGACAGAUCACACGGAAGUGCUUUUAUCAGCUGACUUCACCGGAGCAAUCAAAGUCUUCAUUAACAAAAAGAAAUACCUAUCUUAGUUGUUCUGCAGCUGACAGCACAAAGCUAUGGUACUGUGGGAUUCACCCCCAGAAAUAAUGCGGGCAGAGUAUCUAAUAUAAUAGUGUUACAGGCUGAGUUCUUUGUAAAUCUUUCUUUUAAGGCUGCUCAAAUACUGGAUCCUGGGAAAGCAGCAUCUGCCUUUAACACCUGGGCUGUAGAAUAGAGAGGAAUGGCUAAGAAUAGUUCUGCCAGACAUCAGUCUCUAAACGUUCUAUGAGCAGCUGUUCUGCACUGGCCUUGUGAGGCUGCAUGCUUUUCUGCACAGGAGCACACGUGUCUUGGAUACAUGCAGUCAUUUGAACAGGUAUCAAAAGGAUUCUGGUGGUGCCAGUGGCCACUAGAUGUCAGGGAUGGGAAGGGAAGGCCGGGGGAAGGCUCUGGUCUGCUGUUUGCACAAGAUUCCAUUGGAUGGGAUGUUGAAUCUAGUUGCUGUUGUUGCCAGGUUUAAGUUCUGGGAGUUUGUGAUGGGUCAGCAACGCGUGUAAAUGUUUAUAACUCUCUCAACUUCAGGACGUGGAAAACCUCUUUUUUUUGUUGUCUUUUAAUUGUCGUGGACUUUGGGUUCCUUUCUUAUCUCUGAUUUUUUUGCACACUGGAGCACAAUACUUGUGUAAAGAAUUCUCUCAUUCCUUCUUCACGGGCACCAGGAUAUAGUCACCUUCCAGGUAAAACUGAGCUGCAUUAGAAAGUUCUUCUAUUUUACAAGUAUGUAAAAUAAACUGUUUACAUCUUUUAAGCAUUGUAGCUUAAAGUUUUAAGUUGUUCUCGUUUGUUUUGUGCCACUGAUUUUUGAAAGUCUUUGUAAAUAUUCAUAUAAAACACCUAUGAAGUAACAUUCUGGGCAUUGGGUCCCACGCAAUGUUAUUGAUGGUCGAGUGGUUCAGAACAGAUGUAUCAUUAAACUUGGUCACACACUUGAAAA